GAAGCUGACUAGAUCAAUUGAACUCUUAUAGAAAAUAAACAAAAAUACAAUUCAAAAUUUUCGUUUCUCGUUGUUUGUGAAUUAUUAUAAUUUCUAUGCGAAAUAUUUCUGUUCCAUCUUGAAUUUUUGAUAUGACAGGAAUUUCUUAAGAAUAUGGUUUCGAUGCAAAAUAAGUAACUUUCCAUAAGACUAAAAAUCAAGUCUUGCAUUUAUAUAAGAAAUUUGGCAUGGAGCUUCAGAAAUUAAAUCAGGAAUCUCAUACCAUUGACUUUGAAUCAUCUAGUGAUGAAUCUCAUGACAAAAUGCUGAAAAAGCCAUCUAAUGUUACUUUUGCUCCUGAAACAUCAUUCAUAAAUAGGAUAUCAUCACGAGACUCUGAUGAUGACAUCGAAGAUAUGACCGAAAAUGAUAUAAAAACUGAAAUUUGUAGUGUAUUGCCUAGUAAUACAAUUGGUCGUAAAAAAUAUAAAACUUUAAAUAAAACAAAGACUGCAAAAGCUUCAACAUUUCCUCGAAAAUCUGAUACAAAUGAACAGCAUGAUGUUGAUAAGCCUCGGCCACGCUCAUUUGUUACAAAGAAGCCAAGUUUUCUCUCAUCUCUAAAUCUUCCAUCUUUACAAAUAUCACAGUCAUUUGAUGGAGUUGACAGUUUUGAAGAAUUUGGUGCUGAUCUUAAUGAUGAAGAAAAGAAAAAAGAAUUACAAAACAUAAGAAAUUUUCCUAUUCGAAUGAGUGAGAAAAAGAAAUACAGGAAUGCUAUUUUGGAUACAAUACCCAUUCAUGAUCGACAGGAUAAAUCUGUAUGGUUGCAAGUUAAUGACAUGUGGGCAAGUGUUCAGCAAUCUACAACAAAGUUUGAAUUAUGGCAUGCAACAUUAAAACGCAUUGAAGGUUUACAUGGAACUGGAGUUGUCUCCUAUUUUGUGUUUUUGAGGUGGCUUAUUUUCUUGAACCUCAUUCUCUUCAUUACUUUCUUGAUUUUCAUCACUUUGCCUCAUUCAAUAUUUUCAAGAGUUCCUCUCAAGAAAAUUAAUUAUGCUCCUAAUAACACCUUCUUCUUAGAAAAAUAUAAUCAAUAUCCUGAUCCAAGAAGCACUCCAAAACCAUUAAAAAGAACUGAUCGUCUACCUUUCGACUUUAAAAAUAAAGAGUUGAUAUCUGACUUAGGCUCACUUUUGAAUCGUUAUUUGACUAAUGAUACUAUUGAAAAUAUAAACUAUGACCAGAGAAACUACACUGAUGAACAAAGGCGUAAAUUAUCGGAAAUGUGUGAAAGUCGAUACAAGAAGGAAGAGCUAUCUAAGUCAAUUGAUGUACUUAGUGGAGCACAAGAUUUACUUCAAGGAACUGGUUGGCUUCAAUCUACCAUUCUUUUUCUGGGCUAUUAUACACCUACUCAAAUCUUGUUCUUUGGUUAUCCUUAUAAUAUGCCUGUUGCAUUUCUUUGUGUAUUUUUUGUUUCAUCCAUCAUGUGUAUAUUGAUGAUGGUUCAGUAUUCUUCCCAUGGUGUUCAAGAAACUGUUUUAGCUAGAAAGAGUAAUUAUUUAGCCUAUUCAAAUAUAUUAUUUUGCUCCUGGGAUUACUGUAUUGAGAAUAAAAAGAGCAGUAUAAUCAGGCAUAGAAGCAUUUUGCAUGAAAUAAAGAGUACACUAGCGGAAGAAAGAAGGCGCAGAGAAGUAAAAGGGUGGUCAAAGUCACAAAAGUUUAAAGUUCAUACUUCACGUUUUUUUCUGAAUGCUUUUGUUCUUGCUGCCUUAUGUGGGAGUUACUACUUAAUUUAUAAAGUUGUAAAUUUUCAAUUAAGAGAAAUGCAAAGUCAUCGUUUGCAGGAUUCUGGUGUUCAAACUUUACUUGUGCAGUAUCUUACUCCUGUGUGUAUUACUAGUCUCAACAUAUUUGUUCCUAUAAUAUUUAAUGCUAUAGUGAAGUUUGAAUCAUACAAUACUCAAACUCAGAUAAAUAUAGCUCUAAUCAGGAUUGUUUUCUUGCGUUUAUCAUCGGUUUUCGUUCUUGUUGGUUUACUUUUCCAACAAAUAGUUUGUGAGCCUAAAGAUGAUUGUAAAGUUGGAACAUUGGCCUCCUGCCAGUCACCUAUAUGUUGGGAAACAUAUGUUGGCCAGCAGCUUUAUAAACUUGCUGUGACUGAUUUCAUUGUCUACAUAAUGUUGUUUCUUGCUUAUGAUUUACCUCGGGACCUUUUAGUUAGAAGUUGCCCAAACAAAGCGACACAAAUGGUUGGUAGGCAAGUAUUUGAUCUCCCAAAUCAAGUAUUGUCUCUAGUCUACUCUCAAACUCUGUGCUGGUUAGGUAUGGUCUAUUCACCUUUAAUACCAUUAAUAACUGUGAUUAAAUUCAUCAUAUUAUUUUACAUUAAAAGAGUUUUGGUGUUGAAGUUUUGUACACCUCCUCCCAUACCAUACAAGGCAUCACGCAGUAAUGCUAUGUUCAUCAUGAUCUUGCUACUAUCAUUUUUUUCUGUACUAAUUAUUCAUGGUUAUUCAUUAUCAAGUCUUGACCCAUCACCUGCCUGCAGCCCUUUUAGAUAUUAUUCUGCAAUGGUGGAUGCUAUUCCUAUCACAUUAUACUCUGAAUCAUCCUCUCUAGCUUCCAUAGUCAAUUUAAUUUUUAGUGGAAUAGUACUUUUUCCAGCAAUUAUAUUGCUAUGUAUUGCAGUUUAUUAUUAUUGGACAAUUGUCAUCGCUCACAGGAAGAUGAUAAAAAUACUAAAAUCUCAAAUAGUAUUAGAAGGUCGUGAUAAGCAGUUUCUUCUGAAUAGACUGACUCAUGCUGCUAAAGGACACCUUGAUUGAAAAAAAAAAACACAAAAUUUUUUGUAUUAGCACAGUGAUUUAAUCUCAUUUAUUAUAGCUUUACAUUGCUGAUUUACGAUCACUUUUUUUUGUAAGUGCAAUAUAAUUUAUUUAAAAAUGAAAGAAAGUGAAAACAAUGUCACUAAAUAUGAGCUUUAUGGUUUUAAUGUUUUUAUCUAUGUUUGUGAUGUAAUGCUUAAUUAACUUAAAAGUACAAUUUUUUUUAUAUAGAAAUAAUAUAUAAUUUAUAUAUAAUUAAUGAAUUUAUGUUUAAAAAAAUUAAAGAUUUAAUGACUAAGUAUUUAUGAAAUCAAGUGAUUUGAUAAUUUUAAGAUACAUGGCUUACAUACCAUCUAAUAUUAAUUUAGAUUUAUUGUUAAAAGAAAUCCUGAUGAAAUGUAAAUUUAUAAAUCAUUAGUUUUAAAGAUUUGCUUCUGUGAUUAUGCAGGUUAAUGCUAGUUCAAUGAAGAAGCUAAUUUCGCAAGAAUAUCUCAUAAUUAAAUGGUUUUUCUAUGAAUAGAACUUUUUUUAAAAAUAAUGCUUAGCAUACUGGUUUUUUUCCCUUUGAAUUAAUGCUUAAAAUCCUAUUUUGGAUGAAUUACAGGCUUUUUAUAAAAAAAUAUUUUUCCUAACUAAAGUUUAGAGGACAUGUUAACUGCAUCUCACGAUUGAUACAACACUGAGAUGCAAUUAACAUGUGUAAUUCAUACAAAGUAGGUAAUUAAUGCUUAAAAUCCUAUUUUGUAUGAAUUACAGGAUUUUUAUUAAAAAAUAAUUUUUCUAACUAAAGUUUUGACAUGUUAAUUGCAUCUCAGGUUUUUACUACAUAAAACUAGACUUAAAUGUUUUGUGAAUGUUUCUUUUCCUCGUGUAGGCAAUCUAAUUGAUUUGAUUACAUUAUUUCCUGGUGUAUAAAUCAACAACCUAUUUUUGAAUACGAGAUACUAAAUUUAUAAAUUUUAAAAGAAAAUUAAGUUCACAAAAUGUUCUCAAUUUAAAAAUAUUUUACAAUAGUCACUUUAGAUAUGAUACAUUUGUCCUCUACUCAGAUGCUAUGAUGAUAUGCUAUCCCUCAAAUAAAACUAACCUUUAUGUGUAAAGAAUACGUGAUGAGGGAAAAUGAAAAAUUAAUUAUAUGUAAUGCAUAAGUAGUUUUUGAAAGGAUUAUGCUAAUACAGAGUUAUUUAUAUCUAUGUCAUUGCUUAUAAUUCAUUGACAUUGUAUAAGUCGACCCCCUGAUUUUCGUAAAAUUUUGGGAAUUUGAAAAGUUGACUUACAGUAAUGGCUUUGCAAGCAUAUUUAGUUUUAGUUCCUAUUUUAUUUAAUUUAGCAUUUCAUAAUUAUUGUGUUAUCGUAUAAAAUUAGCAUACAUCAUAAUAUUCUGUAAAAUGUUCAGUAGCAUUUAUAGGUUUUAAGCUUUUAUGCCACUUAAUUUAGUAAGUGUUUAAAAUUGGUUGUGAUUAUAAAGACUACACUUCCAAUGACCUGUUAUUAUUUUAUGAUAAUAAAACAAAAUUUUCUUCUGACUUUUGGAUAGAGCUUAUAAAUGUUAUAAAUCAGAAGCCUUUUAAACUUCAUAAAAACUAUAUUGAAUUUAAGUCUCUUAAGAAAUAUUUCCACAUUAUAGAAGAAAAAAAAUUCUAUGUCAAUGAGCUGGCUGCAACGGCUAUUUUCCUUCGGGGUAAUCUGCUAUAUUCCCCAAUAUAAUAUAGCCUUUGUGUGAAAGUUUCAUAUUAAAUUGUUUGACAAUUCUUUAUAUUAAAUUGUUAAGACUUUUCAACAAAAAGUCAUAUUAAAGUGUAAGACACCUCUUUGUGCUUUAGGCGAAAAAAGAAGAUAAUAUUUAUUUGAUUGGAAAUGAAAUUCUGAAGAAUAACUUCAAAAAAAAUUUUUUUUAAAAAUAUAUCCUUGGUAUUUAUAAAGUUUAAGUUAAAACAGAGUCUGAAGAAGUUCAAAAUACAUAUAACUUUUCAAUCUAUAUUAUAACUUUUGCUGUUUACUUUGUUUUAUUAAAUAUAUGGGAAUUGGUAAAACUCAAAAUUUUUUACAUUUAUACUCUUAAGUUAUUUACUUAUGAUAACAUAGUUUGUUUUCAACAAUCAAUGUAAUAGCUAGUAACAAGGGUUUUUAGUUUCAAACCUAUUUUACUGGUAUAACCUUCAACUACUAAAUAAAAAGAACUCAAAUUGCAGUUCCUCCUUGUCAUUUUUUUGUUCAUAAAGUAAAAUAAUCUGCAUUAUAUUUUAUUUCAUGAGGAUAAAGAAAUGAAAAUUAUAAAAUUUUGAAAAGAUUUCUUUGAAUUUAAUUGCAAAUAAAUAAAUUUAUCUAUCCUUGACAAAAUAAAAAUUGAUCUUCAAAUUGAAAACUUUCUAUGUAAUUUAUAGAAACUACAUAAAAUUCUCAUUAUUUGGCACCCCUUUAGAAUCAUAAGCUUUAUCAAAAAUUUAGUACAAUAAAAUUUAAGCAGCAUGUUAUGAGUAUUGCCACAUGAAAAACUUAAUGUUCGAAUUCUAUACCUUAUAAUUUAUAUCAAAAACUAUUAUGUACAAUUUGUUUAUAAUUUUGGUAAUUCAGAAUUAUAAUUAAAAUGAGCUAUGAUAAGGCAAAUUAAAACUAUCUUUAUUAUAGCUUACCUAUUAAAUAAUUUAAUGGAAACUGUUUGUUAUUUAUUUAGAAGCAUAGUAUCUUUUGUUUAUGUGAGAGAAAUCAGUUCCUAAAGAUGUUUUAGAUAUAUUACAGACUAUUUCUUGUCUUCAGUUAAUAAUUAUCCUAUUUUAUACAGAUGAAUAUACAUUGAAGAAUACUUUUAAGUGAACAGUGUAUUUAUAAUUAAAUAAAUAAAAGAAUUUAACAUUUU